AUGAAUCAUCCCCCUUUCCCGCCGCCUGUCCUCCUUUCCGGCCUCCUCCACCCGAGGCCUCAGUGGCCCGCGUCCCGGACCGAGCAGCACCGCCCCGGCACCUCAGGCCGCCCCAGUUUGGGCCGCCCGGCUUCAGCCCUUCCCGGCCUGUGGCCUAAGAACUGUAGCCGGGCCGGCUUCCGCGCUGGCUUCCGUGCCGAGGCCCCAGGAAGGAGGCCUUGCUACCCCACUCACUCCCCAUCCGCACCCCCAAAGCUCAAGGCACGACACCCCAUCCCUCCUCCGACAGGAGUGCGGAAGGCCCAGGGCCUAGCACGGAGCCGCAGAGUCUACUGCGUCCAAAGCCUGAUUUUCACAGAUGGAAACUGCGGCCCAGAGAGACAGAGGAGCCUGCCGGGGUCACACGAGGAGGGGGCUCCUCCGGGACCCGACGCCGGGCCUGCGGACCCCAGCCCACGCUGUGCGCUUCCCGGCACGGCCACGGGAGAGUCCUGGGAGGAGGCAAGGGCCGUUUCCAAGUCGUCUCUGAGUGUGGAGCCUUCUCCCCGGCCCUUAACUGCAGAAGUGACCACGGCGCCCCAGGCCGGAGCUGGUGCCCCAGCGCCAACCCCGGAAAGGUCGCCCGGAGCCCCAGCGCGUCCCUGCGGGGAGGGAGGCGGAGGCGUGCGGAGAGACGGGCACACACAUAGAGACCCCGAGACUCUGGAGGGCGUGGGUCCACGCUGGGGACCCCAGGAGGGAGAAACUUGGAGCCACAGUCUGAAGGUCUCAGGCCGCGGGAAGUUGCUCUGGGCCGGGUCCCUCGCACUCUGGUGUCCCGCCUCCCCGCGCGCCCACACUCUGUCCCGGGGAAAGGGAGGACCGGGCUCCCGCCCCCCAGGGCCUUUCCGGAGGGAGGGGACCAAACAAAAAGUUGAGGAAAGUGGAGGGCGAGCCCGGGGUCCUAGUUUUGCUCACCUGGCGCUGCAGCGCCACGGCGGGUCCCGGUCCGAGUCCGCGCGCCGCGGAUCCCGGCACUGCUGCGGUCUCCACGGAAUCUUGGCCCCUUGGCCCCACCCCCUCCUCAGGCCCCGCCCGGCACCGCCCAAGCCCCGCCCCACCGGAGCCCCGGAGCCGGGCCCCACCGCUGGAAGCAGGCGGCAGCUCAGGUCUGAGGGUCGCAGGUAA